CCGGCCCCCUCCGCCCCUCCUCCGCCUCCUCCUCCGCCUCCUCCGCCCCUCCUCCCGCCGGAGCGAGCGAGCGAGAUGGCGGCCGCUGGGGCUCUGGCGAAGCACGAGCAGAUCCUAGUGCUCGAUCCGCCCACCGACCUCAAAUUCAAAGGUCCCUUUACAGAUGUAGUAACUACAAAUCUUAAACUACGAAAUCCAUCGGAUAGAAAAGUAUGCUUCAAAGUGAAGACCACAGCACCUCGUCGAUACUGUGUGAGGCCAAACAGUGGAAUUAUUGACCCAGGAUCAUCUGUAAUUGUUUCAGUAAUGCUGCAGCCUUUUGACUAUGACCCAAAUGAGAAGAGUAAACACAAGUUUAUGGUACAAACAACCUAUGCACCACCAAAUAUUACAGAUAUGGAGGCAGUGUGGAAAGAAGCGAAGCCUGAUGAGUUAAUGGACUCCAAAUUGAGAUGUGUGUUCGAAAUGCCCAACGAAAAUGAUAAACUGAAUGAUAUAGAUGCAAGCAAAGCUGCCCCAGUCCUGAACACAUCUAAGCAGGAUGGACCGAUGCCAAAACCACAUAGUGUUUCACUUAAUGAUACUGAAACAAGGAAGCUGGUGGAGGAGUGCAAAAGACUUCAGGCAGAGAUUAUGAAGCUGACAGACGAAAAUCGGCACCUGAGAGAUGAAGGCUUGAGGCUCAGAAAGGUAGCGCAUUCGGAUAAAUCUGGAUCACCCGCAGCUUUGGCCCUCAGAGAUAAUGGCUCUAAUUCUCUUCCUUCACUUCUUGUUGUAAUUGCAGCCAUUUUCAUUGGAUUCUUUCUAGGGAAGUUCAUCUUGUAGAAAGAAUGAGUGAGAGAAGCAUGCAAAACUGCAGCUUCCUUUUUUUUUUUUUUUGUUUGUUUGUUUGUUUUUUUUUGUUAGCCAGAAAAAAGGUUUGUUUACCUACCACAUCAUGGGUAGUAUGGCCCAAGUGGCCGUUCUUGUGUACAGCAUCAUAACAGGCUUUGCCUUUAAUGAUCUCGCACGGUUAGAAAACACAAUCUGAAAAGACAAACUGUUCAGCUGCUGGACAAAACUGUACAUUCAGUCAUCAAUAGCAGGUAUCAGUUGCACAGUCAGUCCUUUAUGAAAAUUCAUAAAUAAAGAAUUGUUCUUUCUUUCUGUGGUUUUAAUAAGAAUUCAAAAAUUGUUCAGAGUCUUGUAAAUGUUAUUUUAAUAAUCCUUUAAAAUUUUAUCUGUUGCUGUUACCUCUUGACAAAUGAUUUAUUAGAUUGCUAAUCCCACUCAUUCAGGAAUAUGACAAGAGGUAUUCUGGGGGAAAUGGUGCCUCUUACUGUGUAAAUUUUCUCCUUACCUUACUUUGCUAAUAUCAUGGCAGAAUUUCUUUCUUAUUCCUUGUGAGGCAUUGUUGAGAGUUCUUCAUCCUUAACAGUCCUGUCCCAUAAUAUUUAACAUGACAAAAGAAAUAAAAUUGUUAACAGAUUUUUCUGCUGGGUAGCCUGUUUGUGUGUGUCGUGCUUUUAGAGGGGAUUCUUAACACGUUCAUUGUUCAUGGUAAUUUGCUACUCGUAACAAAUGGCUAUUUUGAAGUUUAUUUGCUUAAGUCUCUGGCUUUGACUGUUGUAAUUGAAGCUUGGAAAAGAAAAAAAAGAAAGGUUUCCAUUCCAUUUUUCUUGUUUUAAAUGAACUGUUUUCUGGCUGCUUUCUGCUACAAAGAGGAUGGUUAUCAAACUUGUUUUGGGACAGAAUAAUAUGGAUAUUCAGCAGGUGCAAAUGCCAGACAUGAAUGUUUUCAAUAUAUUAACAAUUUGCUUGGAUUGUGCAGGAGUGUAAUAAUCAACCUUCUGUUACAUCUAUGGAUCUUCUGGGUGUAGUCCAGGAGUCAACAUUUUUCUUUGAUUUCUUAAGGGUACUUAAUUCACAUAUAUUAACUUACUCAGUUUAUAAUUCUGUCAUAGCAGAUACUAAAAAAUGCAAGUUCAUUCAGACACCCAUAGUGAAUUCCAUGAUGCAGAAGAGUUGAUAUUUGCUGAGUUGCUCACCUUUGGCUCAGUUGAUCACCUUUGGGAAAUAAAAAUAAUUUUAUGCAACUCUUGGCAGAUCUACCUGUUUUAACCAUGUAUAGCUAAGUUUUAAAAAAUGCAUUUUUGGGGUCUGAAAUGCUUCCCUGCACUUAAUCUUACGUCUUGCCUCAUCUCUGAAUAUGUCAUAAAAACAAACAGUAGUAUUGAAACAAAAUAUUAUCUGUACUACUGAGUAAGCAUAAUCCAAUACAGGGAAUUACUUGUAAACUUGAAAAUUUGUGAAAGAGGUAUACUCCUGUAAGCAAAAUUGUGUAUGCUCUUGGACAGCUUGACUUGAUGUGGUGCAGCUAAGUGUGUUAGACCUUGGUAUAUGCACAUGUUAUGUAGCUGAGAAAAAUGUUCUGGGAAGGAUGUAUGUUGUCUUGGUUGCCUUUGAUUUCUACUGCCUUUUUUUUUUUUUUUUUUUUUUUUUUUUUUUUUUUUUUUUUUUUUUUUUUACAUCAUUUUUUUUCAUAGCUCUCUGUGAUAAACUUUUUUUAUAAAAUCUUGCACAUGUACAAGGAAGAUGCUGGAGAAAAUGCAAAUACUGCUUAUCUUUUCACUUAAGCAUGCAAGCACUGAUGUUUCCAAUUACUUAUUCCAGUGUCUGCAUUCAAGUCUCCUUCCAUCCCAGUGACUGGAAAAAACUAUGUUCCGGUUUUGAUUAUUUUGGUUCCGCUGGUUCAGAAUGGUAUAUUUCUUCUGAUUUUUUUCUCUAACAGAACAUUUCCACAUCAAACUUUCAUAGCCUGUUCCAAACUGAUUAUAUGGAAAAUAACGAAAGCAAUAUUUUGCAGGAUGUAGUUUGCUUCAGAUAGAGCAGUCAUUCCUGCGUUGAAGGGAGAAAAACCACACAAAACCCUCUGGAAGAUCUUGAAAUGUUUACAGCAUGGUGUGUGGAGGUUUUCAAAGGUGCUAGCACUUAGAGGACUUUAAACCAGAAAAAAUGUCAUUGCUCAAUGCAGCUGACUGAGGUUUUGAUAUCUGGCAGCAGAAAAAUGGUGAAAGUAAUGAUAAAUUCAGAAUGAAAUAACAUUUUUUCCUAAAUAAGGAAAAAGUUAAUGGUAAAACUUAAGUUGUGGUUUAAGUGAUGUUUUCAAGUGUACAGCACUCUUGUAACCAGAGCUCAGUAAUGCUCUAAGGAGACUGUCUUGGUUUCCCGUAAUCCCUUCAUAGCUGUAUAUAAAAUGUAAUGCUAAAACUAUUUUGCUCUCAGGAGUCACUUUGGAUGAGAUCAGCUGUAUUCAGUGAAUUAUGUAAUAUGGAUUAAAUUGUUUGUUCCUGAAA